CUAGACAUCACCAUUGCCUUUGCAUCUGCAUAUAAAGCAGCAGGUGGCCACUGUGCAGGCUGCAUAGCGAGAAGAAGCUAGGCUUUGUUGUCAACAUGGCAAGAGCUGUGCUUACACUGACUGUUCUUGCCUUCUUGUGCCUUGUGGCCCUCGGCUUGUCCGGCAGAGCCAAUGCCAAUGCAACGGCGGGGAGGAAGAUGGUUGGGGUGUAUGAGCUGAAGAAGGGGGAUUUCUCCAUCAGGGUCACCAACUGGGGAGCUACUAUCAUGUCUGUGAUUCUUCCCGACUCCAAAGGGAAUUUGGCUGAUGUAGUCCUUGGCUACGAUACAGUUGCUGAAUACGUUAACGGGACGGCCUACUUCGGAGGACUGAUCGGCCGCGUAGCCAACAGGAUCGCCAACGCGCGGUUCACGCUGGACGGGAAGACCUACCGGCUGUUCCGCAACGACGGCAACAACUCGCUCCACGGUGGUCACCGUGGAUUCAGCAAGGUCAUAUGGACGGUGAAGGAGCACGUCGCCGGCGGCGACUCGCCGCGCAUCACGCUGUACUACCACAGCUUCGACGGGGAGCAAGGUUUUCCGGGCGACCUGGACGUGUUCGUGACGUACGAGCUGCCCCGCCCCUACGUGCUGGCCGUGCGCAUGAACGCGACGGCGCGGGGCAAGGCCACGCCGGUGAACCUCGCCCACCACGCCUACUGGAACCUCGCCGGCGAGGGCAGCGGCGCCGCCAGCGUCCUCGCCGAGACGGUGCGGAUCCACGCGUCGCGGUACACGCCCGUGGACGCCGCGACGCUCAUCCCGACGGGGCGGGUCGCGCCCGUGGCCGGCACGCCCUACGACUUCCUCGCCGGCGCCCCGGUGGGCGCGCGCAUCGUCGGCGCCGCCGUUCCCGGCGGCGCCGUCUCCGGGUACGACACCAAUUACGCCGUGGACGGCGCCGCAGCCGACGGCGAGCGGCGGCGGCUCCGGCCGGUGGCGGAGGUCCGCGACGGCGCGACGGGGCGGGCGAUGGAGGUGUGGGCGGACCAGCCGGGGGUGCAGUUCUACACGAGCAACGGGCUCGCCGGCGUGCGCGGCAAGGGCGGGAGGGUGUACGGCCGGUACGGCGCGCUGUGCUUGGAGACGCAGGGGUUCCCCGACGCCGUGAACCACCCGAGCUUCCCGUCGCAGAUCGUCCGGCCGGGGCAGGUGUACGAGCACAACAUGGUGUUCAAGUUCACCUUCUAGUGCGCACUUGGGCGGACCGUACGUAGCAGCAUCCGAUCCGUGCAUGCGUGCGGCUGGUCGGAUGUGUACUGUCACGUUGAGACCUGUAGUCCUGUACUGAAAAGGAAUAAUGGCGUGCGCUUGUUGCUUUGCUCCAUCCAUGACUUUGGUCAACCAGUGAAGGGUCGACGGUGACUUCAGUAUCGGAAGUCGGAACUGCUAGCUGUGUGGGGAGUUUGUUGCAGUUCUUUA